GCUCAUUACGCACACUGCAGCACCAACUCUCAGAGUGGCCUGGAACCCGCGUCGCGAACUCCUGUAACUCACAGAGAACGCGCAAAGUCUCGCUCACGGUUUAGUUCUUUUUUUUGUUGUUGUUGGCACUUUUGCGUAAAGUUCAACCUAAUAAAGGGGGCUGCAUGGCUACGUGAGAAGUAUAUGGACGAACUUGGAAGAAGUUUCCCGACGCUUUAUUGGAGCUUGAUGUCGUUAGUCAUUGUGGAUUACUGAUACACCGCACGAGUCUGUGAAGAGUGACCUUUGGCAACUAUUUAUUGGGAGUGUCCUAGUUUCUGUCUUCUCCAGAGGCCUCCGCCUUGACGUCCUUCGCCGAGAUGGGGAGCAAAGCACUGCCGGCACCGAUCCCCCUGCAUCCGUCCCUCCAGCUCACUAACUACUCCUUCCUGCAAGCUGUCAACACUUUCCCCGCGGCCGUCGACCAGCUCCAGGGACUCUACGGCCUCAGUGCGGUGCAAACGAUGCACAUGAACCAGUGGACGCUGGGUUAUCCCCACAUGCAGGGACUGAGGUCAACGAUAACUGAAAUGGCAGCUGCCCAGGGCCUGGUGGACCCCAGGUUUUCCUUCCCUUCGUUACCGUUCGCCGCUGCAGCGCACCUCUUCCACCCAAAACAAGGUUCUGUAACGCACGGUCUGCCCUCGUUGCACAAAGUCAGGCCGAGGUUUGAUUUUGCAAACCUCGCAAUCGCAGCCACUCAGGAGGAUCCUCCGAAAGCUGUAGACUUGGCAAAGCUGACGGAGGGACUCGGGGGCACGAUCUCUGAGCUGAGCAAACUCUCCCCGGACAGAAAACCAACCCGUGGCCGGCUUCCGUCUAAGACGAAAAAGGAAUUUAUUUGCAAGUUUUGUGGCAGGCAUUUUACAAAGUCCUACAACCUACUCAUCCACGAGAGGACACACACCGACGAGCGGCCCUAUACAUGUGAUAUUUGCCAUAAGGCCUUUAGAAGACAAGACCACCUUAGGGACCAUAGAUACAUCCACUCCAAGGAGAAACCCUUCAAGUGUCAAGAGUGUGGCAAGGGAUUCUGUCAGUCUCGAACUCUAGCCGUCCAUAAAACUUUACAUAUGCAGGAAUCGCCCCACAAAUGCCCCACAUGCGGAAGAACCUUUAAUCAAAGAAGUAACCUGAAAACUCACCUUCUCACCCAUACAGACAUCAAGCCCUACAGCUGUGGCCGCUGCGGAAAGGUGUUUCGGCGCAACUGUGACUUGCGACGGCACAGUUUGACGCACAGCCCACAUCAGGACUACUAGCCGGGAUGGCUGGACACCUAAAUAAUAACAAUGAUAAUAAUGAUGGUAAUAAUAAUAACUGAUAACAAUGGACAAGAGAAAAAGAAGAAGCCAAGAAGUGUUUUGUUUUUUUUCUACUUAUUUUGGUUUUGCCCAAAGACAAUCUGGAAAUCAGGACACUUUACGAUUGGGAUUUUGGAAUCAGUUGAGUCUCAUUGGACCGCCGUGGAGCCGCGUCGUCUGUCAUAUCACCUGUAAAUAUCAACACCAUGUAAAUACUGUUUUUAUUGUUCUGCCUUGGAAAUAAACGUGUUAAAACCAGGCAUAAGUUUAAAGUAUGUUAAAUUGUAUUUUAGAAAAUAAAGCAAGUUAAAUAUU